AUGGCAGGAAAGCUCGCGACUCUGGCACUGGCCGCCAUUCCGGCUGUAGGCGCCGAGACAAUCCUCGGUGUAUACAUCUUCUCACGCCACGGAGAUCGUACACCUAAGGCUCUUGCCCCAGCCAAUUUGACGUCUUUGGGCCAGGAGCAGGUGUAUUCGUCGGGUAACUACUAUCGUAACAGAUAUGUUUCCUCGGACGCUACCUCGCCCAUCUACAAGCUUAGUGACGACGUCGCUAUUGCUAGUCAGAUGAUCGUUACCUCACAGGUCGACACAGUGCUGCAGAACUCCGCGCAGGCCUUCAUGCAGGGCGUGUACCCGCCCGUUGGUACUCUUUCGACAGAAUCCCUUGCCAACGGGUCCUCCGUUGAGGGAGCGCUGAGUGGAUAUCAGUACAUUCCCAUCAACGCUGUCGCUUCGGCAUCGUCUUCGUCCAAUGCCGAGAACAGCGGCUGGCUCCAGGGCAAUUCUGGGUGCGGUAACGCCGUUGUCAGUUCCAACAACUACUUCAGCUCCAGCGAGUACUUGGACACGUUGGCCAGUUCCCAAGACUUCUAUACCGGUCUGCUGCCCGUCAUCAACUCGACCUUCAGUGAAAGCCAAACCAGCUUCAAGAACGGCUACACUAUCUACGACUACAUUCACGUAGCCACCAUCCACAACUCCAGCAUUCCUUCCGAGGAUUUGCUGACCAACGCCACUCUCGACGAGCUCCUCUGGCUUGCCAACGCACACGAGUGGGGUCUCGCCUACAACGAGACUGAUCAGAUCCGCGCCGUCGCAGGCGCAACCCUGGCUGGCCAGAUCUUGACGCAGCUCAACACCACGCUGACGGGCAAGUCGAAGCAGCCCUUCGCUGCGCAGUUCGGUGCCUACGCAUCAUUCAUGUCCUUUUUCGGCCUCGCGCAGCUGCAGAAGGUGUCCGACGAUUUCACGGGCGUCGUCGACUACGCCUCGACCAUGGUGUUCGAGCUGGUGGCCGACUCGGAUGACGUCUCCUCUUCCUCGUAUCCCGCCGCCUCGGACGUGUCCGUCCGCUUCCUGUUUGCCAACGGCACGGCCGCUCAGAACGAGCCGCAGGCGUACCCGCUGUUCGGCCAAAACGAUACGCUGCUGCCCUGGAGCACGUUCGUCAGCGAGAUGAACAAGUUCGCCAUCGCAGAUACCGAGGACUGGUGCACCGCAUGUGGUAACUCGACAGGUGUGUGCGCGGAGUACGCCAGCAGCUCGAGCAGCGGUAGUGGCGAUGGUGCUUCUACCUCGUCAAGCUCGACCUCCGGAAAUGGCAUGUCGCUGGCUGUCGCUGGUGUCAUUGGUGCCCUGGUGACGCUAGCGGUUAUUCUUGGUAUCGAAGCUUUGGUGUACUUCUUGUCCGGUCUUAGACUGGUCAAGAAGUCCACACUUGCUGCUGCGUCGGCCGCCGGUGGCGCUGGUCAUGUCAAGGCUUGA